AUGUAUAUCGUUUUGAUUUCUAUCAAAAAAGAUGUUAAAAAAAAUGGCGGGGUGCAGAUUGAAAAUGAAUACAACAAUGUCCAACUUGCAUAUAGAGAGUUGGGAAAGAAGUAUGUGGAAUGGGCAGCCAACAUGGCCGUUAAACUAUAUGAUCAAAUCCCAUGGGUUAUGUGCAAGCAGAAGGAUGCCCCUCCUACUGUGAUUAGUACAUGCAAUGGAAGGCACUGUGGAGAAACAUUUGUAGGUCCCAAUGGUCCUGAUAAGCCUUCACUCUGGACUGAGAACUGGACUGCACAGUACAGAACAUUCGGUGACCCUCCAGCACAGAGAGCAGCAGAAGACAUUGCUUUUGCUGUUGCACUCUUCUUUGCCAGGAACGGAACCCUUAACAAUUACUACAUGUACCAUGGUGGAACCAAUUUUGGUAGAUCAAGCUCUUCAUUCGUGACAACUCGUUACUAUGAUGAAGCACCCCUUGAUGAAUAUGGGUUGAGAAGGGAGCCAAAAUUCGGCCACCUGAGGGACUUGCACAGGGCUUUGAGGCUGUCCAAGAAGGCUUUGCUGUGGGGAACUCCAAGCACACAAAAGAUUGAUGGGGAUACCCAGAUCAUAACAUUUGAGAAGCCUGGUGAUGCGAGCGUUUGUGCUGCUUUCCUGAUUAACAACAGAACUGCAGACGCAACAACCUUAAACUUCAGGGGAACAGAUUAUUAUUUGCCUGAAAAAUCCAUCAGCAUCUUGCCUGACUGCAAGACUGUUGUUUUCAACACCAUGACGGUUGUCUCACAACACAACGCAAGAAACUUCCAUGAGGCGGCCACGGCCGCAGCUCUUGAUUGGGAAUUUAUCCCUGAAAACCUCCCAAAACCAGACCAAUUGCCACUCAAGAGCAAGGCACCUAUGGAGCUGUAUACUUUGACAAAGGAUACCUCUGAUUAUGCUUGGUACAGCACCAGCAUCAAGUUCAACAACCGAGACUUGCCUAUGAAGGCUGAUAUCCUCCCAGUCCUCCAGGUUUUGAGUCUUGGCCAUGCAUUGUCAGCUUUCAUUAAUGGCGAAUACGUAGGAUUUCAGCACGGAAACAACAUAGAAAAGAGCUUUGUGUUCCAGAAGCCUAUCAGCUUAAAACCUGGAGUCAAUGAAAUCCUGCUCCUUGGAAACACUGUUGGAUUUCCGAAUAGCGGAGCAUACAUGGAAAAGCGAUUCGCUGGACCCCGAGCAGUUACACUUCAAGGUCUCAUGUCCGGAACUCUUGAUAUUACCAUGAACAACUGGGCGCACCAGGUUGGUUUGGAUGGUGAAAGGCUACAAUAUUUCACUGAGGAAGGCACUGGCAAAGCAGCAUGGAAGAAACUCAACGCUGGAGGAAACUUGGGAGGAGUAAAUGCUCCCUUGACAUGGUACAAGACCUACUUUGAUGCGCCAGAAGGCAAUGGUCCGAUUGUUGUCCAGAUGAACAAAAUGGCUAAGGGAAUGAUCUGGGUUAAUGGCAGAAGCAUUGGUCGCUACUGGGUUUCUUUCCUGUCUCCCUUGGCUCAGCCUACUCAACUAGAGUACCAUAUUCCAAGAGCAUUUGUGAAGCCAACCAAGAACUUGCUAGUUGUACUUGAGGAAACAGGAGGAGACCCAAGGGAAAUCAAGAUCAUGACAGUGAACAGAGACAUAAUCUGCAGCUACAUUACGGAGUAUCAUCCACCCCAUGUCAAGACCUGGGAAAGGACAGGCAACCAGAUGAGGGCCAUCCAAGAAAAUGUCACCUCAGGAGCUCACUUGACUUGUCCUGAUAACAAGAUCAUCAAGUCUGUCGAUUUUGCUGGCUUUGGUGAUCCUUAUGGUGUCUGUGGUUCUUAUGCCGUCGGCAAAUGCAACGCCCCUAACGCCCUCCAAAUCGCCAAACAGCUCUGCGAGAACAAGAAGGACUGCACAAUCCCAAUGGACAAAGCAGUGUUCUUUGGGGCAACCGAUGCGUGCCCAGAUGUUAGAAAGACCUUGGCAGUGCAAGUCAGGUGUGGGCAUCCAGGAGUUGAAACUGGGAAAGAUGAUCUUGACAUUACCGAUAGUAUAGACAAGGCAUAA